AUGAAUGAGUAUUGCGGAGAUGGUUUAUCGGAUCUCACAGCUGGGCUGUCAGUGCUAAAUUUGGAUGGUAACGAAAAGAGGCGGAGUUUACUCCUCGUUGACGAAGAACAUGGAGUGGUGUUUCGUCAGUAUGAGAACGAGGGCGAUCUGGAGAAAAUUGUGCCACUGAUUUCGAAGGACCUUUCAGAGCCCUAUUCCCUCUAUACGUACAGGUACUUUAUUUACAACUGGCCGGAGCUCUGUUUGUUGGCCACAAGGGAGGAUGGGUGCGUGGUGGGCACUAUCGUCUGCAAGUUGGAUUAUCAUGGGCAGGUGAAACGUGGUUACAUCGCGAUGCUUGCCGUGGAGAAGGAGCACCGCAGGAAGAGAAUCGGUUCCACGUUGGUCCAACUGGCUGUGGAACUCAUGAUUGAGGAUGAAGCCCAGGAGGUCGUUUUGGAAGCAGAGGUGGAUAACAAACCAGCCUUGGCGUUGUACGAACAACUGGGGUUCUUGCGGGACAAGUAUCUCUUUCGAUACUACCUGACUGGAACAGACGCUUUCCGCUUAAAGCUCUGGCUUGACACGUAG